CCUCUUUCCUGGGAGUGGGAGUUUGCUCCAAACUUUGUUUAUGGGACAGUCGGAGAGCCGCGGCGGCCGCGCUGUCUGCUUCUCCUCCUCUUUCAAGAGCGCGCAGGCCUGAGACCAGUUUGGGGGAUGUGAAAGCCGAAGCUCCUCGACUGCCAGGUACCGAGGCCGGUCCGGAUUUGCCAACCGGGCUCCGGCUCCAAUCCUGCAAGAUCGGGACGCACCCCGAGCGACCCAGGCCCGACGCCCAGACUUGGCUUCGCUGCGCGCCCAGAAGAUGAAUCCGGCCUCAGCGCCCCAUCCGCUCCCGCCGCCCGGGCAGCAAGUGAUCCAUGUCACGCCGGACCUAGACACGGACCUCGAAGCCCUCUUCAACUCGGUCAUGAACCCCAAGCCCAGCUCGUGGCGGAAGAAGAUCCUGCCGGAAUCGUUCUUCAAAGAGCCUGACUCCGGCUCGCACUCGCGCCAGUCCAGCACCGACUCUUCCGGCGGCCACCCGGGGCCCCGGCUGGCCGGCGGCGCCCAGCAUGUCCGCUCGCACUCGUCGCCCGCGUCCCUGCAGCUGGGCACAGGCGCGGGGGCAGCGAUCAGCGCCGCGCAGCAGCACGCGCACCUCCGCCAGCAAUCCUACGACGUGACUGACGAGUUGCCGCUCCCCCCGGGCUGGGAGAUGACCUUCACGACCACUGGCCAGAGGUACUUCCUCAAUCACAUAGAAAAAAUCACCACAUGGCAAGACCCUAGGAAGUUGAUGAAUCAGCCCCUGAAUCAUAUGAGUCUCCACCCUGCUGCCACUUCCACACCAGUGCCCCAGAGGCCCAUGGCCGUGUCCCAGCCGAAUCUUGUGAUGAGUCACCAGCACCAGCAGCAAAUGGCACCCAGUACCCUGAGCCAGCAGAACCACCCUACUCAGAACCCAGCAGCGGGGCUCCUGAGUAUGCCCAAUGCGCUGACCACUCAGCAGCAGCAGCAGCAGAAACUCCGGCUUCAAAGGAUCCAGAUGGAGAGAGAGAGGAUUCGAAUGCGUCAAGAGGAGCUCAUGAGGCAGGAAGCUGCCCUCUGUAGACAGCUCCCCAUGGAAGCCGAGACUCUGGCCACGGUUCAGGCUGCUGUUAACCCCCCAACCAUGACUCCAGACAUGAGAUCCAUCACUAAUAAUAGCUCAGAUCCUUUCCUCAAUGGCGGGCCAUAUCAUUCGAGGGAGCAGAGCACCGACAGCGGCCUGGGGCUAGGAUGCUACAGUGUCCCCACCACCCCGGAGGACUUCCUCAGCAACGUGGAUGAGAUGGACACAGGUAAGAGCAAAGCCUGCAAGGGAGAACGCAGGGCAGGCACCCAUGAACAUCAAUCCUCAGCAGACCCGUUUCCCUGAUUUUCUGGACUGUCUCCCAGGAACCAAUGUGGACCUCGGAACUCUGGAAUCUGAAGAUCUGAUCCCCCUCUUCAAUGAUGUAGAGUCUGCUCUGAACAAAAGCGAGCCCUUUCUGACCUGGCUGUAGUCAGUAUAUUGUAACCUGUGUGCAGCCAUGACCUGACAUUUCCUGGGCCUCUUGGGAAAAGCGAUGGAGCAGAGCAAGUCUGCAGGUGAACCGCUUUCUGCCCCCAUGACUCAUGCUCCCUCCUUUCCAUGUGGCCAGUUUAAUCAUUGCCUGGAUUUGAUUGAUAGUAAACUAAGUUAAACAUAAAUAAAUAUUCUAUUUUUGUUUUCUGCAAGCCUGCAUUCCUGUGGUGGGUUAUGCAGAAUUGCGUUCCUGUAGCCCCAUGACUAAGCUUUAUGGGUGUUAAUUGAAAUUUUUACAACAAUUGAUUAUAAACCAUAAAAAGUUGACCACAGGCAGUGAUUUCUGACAGGUGGCUUGGUCCAGGAAAUGUAUACAAAAUCAGACCUGAUUUACAGUUUUAAAGCUAUUGAUGACAAUAGUACCAAAUGCUUUAAAUAUUUACCUGAACUUUGAAAAUCAUCAUAUAGAUAGUAAAAUUUUGCUGUAUGGAAUACCAUGUAGUGCUGAAUCCAUCCUGGUUCUGAUGAUUCUUAUUACUCUGUAUUUACAAAGGCACACACAGUCCUCUUGUAGUUUAUGCUCCAUCAUUUUGGGCAUAGCAUCUGCAUAGCUAGUCCUUCCAGUGGGAGAGUGGCGGCAGCAUGCCGUAGUCUCUAUGCUGCGGAUCUUAUGAAUGACACCCGUUUGCUACUAAUUAUGAGCAUUUAUUAAACAAAACAUUUAAAAUUACAAGUUAUAUUUUUUAAAAAUUACUGCUUAGAAAUUGAUGUUUAUUUUAUGAAGCACUAUAUUUUGUAGCUGAUGACAAAGGGCAGGCAAAUAUUUUUGAUGAAUCAGUGGCAACUGCAUUUUUGUCUUUUGAAAUUGUUCUGAAAACAUCAGGACACAUAGCUUUCAGUCCAAUGGCACACACAGCAAGCUGUUGCUUUUUAAAUUCUGAAGCCUUGUCAGUUUUGCUUUUAAGAUUUCAAGUUUUAAAAUAGUCUUAUCUAUGAAACUGUUUGAAGGAUGAAGCAGAUCUCUGACUGACAUUUAAAAAUAUGUCCUCUAGAUGGUGUGUGGUGGAGGCAUAUGUUUCUGAAUUCAGUAAAAGUGAUUCCUAAGUAUAUUAUCCUAAUCCUUUUGUUACAGUUGAUAUAAAAAGGCAUGAACUAUGUACUCAAUACCUCUUAUGUAACCAAAAAAUGUUUUUUUAUUAGCUUUUAAGGACUGAGAGAGUGCAUUGGGUUCACCUGGCAUGCACUCUGUCUGCCAAUGAAGUCCUCAACUGUUUAGUGUUUUCAACUGACGUUAUUUAUAAUAUAUGAAUUUAAUAUCUUUUUUUAAAAGACAAUAAUUGAAGUCUCUGGGAGGAACCUUUCAAUUCCCAAGGGGACUUAUUCGUUUGGGAUCGUAAAUGAGAUCCUUUUGAUCUAUCAGAAUAUAGAUGGGCAGAGUACCUUUUAUCUUGUUGGAAAGAAGGCACGUGGAAAGGUCAGAGAUUAAGUAGUAAAGUUAUGGAAUAUAGUGAAAGGAUACCAGUUGUGAAAUGAAAAUAGACAAGUUAUAGUACCCCAAAAGCAAGACAGGCAGAAGGUAUGAACAGUGCACUCCCAAAACAAAAUAACAAUUUCCAACUACAAACUUUAUACCAAAAGACUGUUGUAGAAGAAAAGAAGGCUUUCGUGCACUUUAUGUGGCGGGGGCGGGGCAGGGAUGGAGCCCUGUCUAUGCUGAUGCUGAACAGCAGGUGGACAGGGCAUGAGUCUGCUGUGCUUCCUACACAACGCAGUGAUUUCUUUUUCCUGAAGGACCCGUGAUUUAAGUUCCUUUUAUUUCUUCUCUCUCCAAGUCUCCGAGAGAGAUGGGGGUGAUGUUUAUGUUGCUACUAAAUUGAAGGAAGCACUAUUUCUUUUUCUCUUGUGUUAGCAAUAAUUGCAAAAAGAGUUGUACAUUCUAAGAGAAAAAAAACAAAAACAAAAAAACAA